GGGUACUAUCUACGCGAUUGAAGUGAUUUUUAUCCGGACUCAUGGAAUUCCCACUCAGUACGAGCAUACGAAAUAGUAUCUGAUCUCGGAAUAUUGUUUAAGCGUGCUGUGCUGUGUUGUGUUGUGCUGUUGGUGCUUUGAAAUUAAUGACUAGAGUAGCUGAGUAGUGAGUACCCGACAGUAUUGCAAAAUCCUUGUUGCGGUGAACACGGACGUUUCGAGUCGUGUUUGUGAAAAUUGCAUCCCACUUUUUGUUUCGAGAACGUAGUCACACAUUACUUGGCUAGUAAGACAUAUCUACACCAACGUGGUCGCCGAUCUUUCUUCACUGCCACCGUAUAUUAAAAAUUGGAGGGUUUUCUUCAAGCUCAUUCUAUUCUUCCUCAAUCUACAUACAAUCCUCUUCGGUAACCUCACCUAAAUAUCCCUCAAAAUGGCGUCCAAGUUCUGGCCUAAAGGUGGUCUUCCAGGUAUCCUACAUCAUUAUACCGAAACCCUCACAACAUUCGAAUAUACAUCCGGCACCAUCGCCAAACCCCACAGUCUUCUCUUCAUCGGAGGCUUGGGAGAUGGACUCGCAACCACCUCCUUCAUGGCCGACAUAGCUAAAGCCCUCCAACCCACCCCCUGGUCCCUCUUCACCCUCAAUCUCUCAUCCUCAUACGCCCAAUGGGGAACUUCUCACCUCGACCGUGAUUCCGACGAAAUAGCUGAAUGUCUCCGCUACAUCCAGGCCUACAAGCAGUCCAAAUUUCCCCACAGCAAAACCAUCCUCAUGGGUCAUUCGACCGGCUCCCAGGUCGUGCUUCAUUAUUUACAUAAACCCAACCCCCACACUACCACUCCCAAAUUUGACCCUCAUCUAAGUCACGUGAAGCGUCCCGUUCUCGACGGUGCAAUCAUGCAAGCACCGAUUUCCGAUCGCGAGGCCAUCCAAUCGGUCCUCCAGGAUGGACUUGGUAAGAGACCCGCCAGCGAAUGUCAAGCUGCAUUUCGACAAAUCCAAGAAAUUGCAAAAGAUGCUGCGAAACGUGAUCAAUCGAUUGAUAUUCUUCUCCCCAUGGCACUGACCUCGCAAAUCGGCUACGGAACUACCCCGAUUAGUUGUCGACGAUUCAUGAGUCUGGCUAGUCCUAAGAGCCCGCAACAACCUGAGGAAGAUGAUUUGUUCAGCUCGGAUUUGAGUGAUGAGCACUUAUCGAAAACGUUUGGAAUGAUUAAAGAGAGGGGUUUAUUGCGGGAUCAAUUGGUUAUUUUUUACUCGGGGGCUGAUCAGGCAGUGCCGGAUUGGGUGGAUAAGGAGGCAUUGUUGAAGAGGUGGAAGAAUGCGGCGGAUCAUGGAGGAAAGGAUAAGGUGUGGGAUGAUGAAUUUACAGCCAUCAUUCCAGGAGCGAGUCAUGCGUUGAGUAAUGAUGAUCAGGCGCCUGCGAGAGCGUUUUUGUGUCAGAGAUUGAUGGGUUAUGUUCAGCGGAUAGAGAAGAAGUGAGGGGAUGUGGAGAUGGAUGUUAAUUAAUGCGAUGUGUGUUUUUUGAAUGCUAAGGGUUGUUUGUGUAAAAUACAGCUACACGAAUGAUUUUGAGCUCGGUAUUUAUAGGAGAUUUUGAGAUUGCAUUGCGAAUAAUGUGAGUGAUCUGGUAUUUGAAAGGUAACGUUUGGCUGUUAGAGUCCCGAAAGAAAGACGGAUAUCGAUGCCAAGUGGGAUUGAUCAAGUAGAGAGUCUGAAAAAGUUAAUAAGUUCCAGCACUCUUGGAGUGAAGAAUAUAUUAUAUGAGGGCGGUAAAACAAAUGAGAGAGUUGAGUGUCAGCGGAGAGAUUUCAAUAUCCCGAGGGCAUGAAUGAGGAUAAAGUUGUCGAUCCAAGUGCUGAGAUUAGAGAUGACAGGAGAAAAAUGCGAAUGCUUGAUCAUGUUGAAGUAUGGUUCUUGACUCUUAUCCAUCCAUCUGGAGAAUAUCAUGUUCUGAUAUCAUUCGACAAAGAAACGGCUCUUCAUCCUCCAUAUCGAGAUCAAGGCUAUCUUUCUAGAAAAUAGAACAAAUAAACCAAUUAAUCAAACGAGUAAUCUAGCCUCACACCGGCAUUCUAUAUCUCAAAACCAAGCUAUCAAGAUGAAGAUGUCAAUUAUUUGAGCUUCUAAAACCGAGAAGGCUUAUAUUUUGAAAUCCGAUUUCAUAAAAAUCUCUGGAAAAUUAGUGGAACAACACAGGUUCGUGAAAUAAAGAAAUCA